AUGUUUGCCAUCGGCCUGCUCACCAUCGGAGCCAUCCCCACAACCAUUGGGGUCGCCGAGGCCAUCAGCGCCCAGAAGAAGCAGAAUGCAGCCCAAAAGGAGCAGGCCAAGUUCCAUCUGACAGCGAAGCUAGCGCUAGGUGGACGCCAGCCCAUGGAGGCAAUGGUGGUGCUCAGAGAUGGAAAACUCUGGAUUGACCACCAGGAAAGUCCCGUCGAAGGACACAAGUUCACCGGAUAUUACUUUACAUACCCAAGCGAGGAGCAGCACAAGGGGCUCGUGAGCACAAUAUCGAUUGAUCCGCCCAUGCUCAACUGGAUCUAUGCCGACAAGGACACGGGCAUCAUCAAGUACGGCGGCAGAAAAGAAACCAUUGGUCAUGUGAUUGGGCCCUGGUGGUGGACUGCAGACGAGACAUUCCUUACGCUGCAAGGAACGCCAGACUGCUUUGUGGCUGAAGAGGAUCCAGAGAGCAGCAGGUGGUUUGUGACUCUUGCGAGCCGUGGAGGCUCUGGUGGGGGUGCAGAUGACGGAGGUCGACCUCACCAUCGAGAUCGCCAAGACGAGGAUGAAGACGCAGAGGGAGACGAAGAGGACGAGCCUGAUUAUGACAGCGUGGGAGAGCCAGCAGAAGAAGACGAGGAUUUUGAUUGCGGGCCUCGGCGGGUCCCCAUCAGACUACGGCGUAGGAUGAUGUUAGGGAUGGAGAGCAAAUAUGUCAAGAACGAGGGCUGA